CACACCGAGCUUACAGUUCACAAGGAACUCGUGCUGAACGAUCUUUCUGACUUUACAAACACGAACUUUCACUUCAUUGUUUUAGUUUUUAAAUAGAUGUCAUUGAUCGCCAACAAUACAGCUCCGAUUCACGAGAUGAUUUAAGAACACAGGAUACGCGUUUCCUUCAAUUGUGCCGGCAAACCUUGACAGCAUGAAGUCAGAUAUUCCAUACGAAAAGAUGGUUGAUGUGGAGUCAAGGAAAGGAGAAGCACAAUACAACUCACAAAAGUAUUACAGGUGCUUGAUCAUCCUUACCUGUCUAACCACAGUGCUGUUGAUACUUCUGUCCCUCCAAACGCUGCUUAUUCCUAUGGCAACAACCUCCUCCAAAUCACAUGAACGUCCUCUGAUCAGAGAAACCUGCACUGAUCCCUGCAGGAUUGUUUUGUUGGAGAGUAUUCCCGAGGGACUUGUUUUUAACUCCUCGACCACUCACCAAUCCAUAUAUGAAGCCUGGCUCAAUCUAAUAUCUGCUGCUCAAAGCAGCCUUGAUAUCGCUUCCUUCUAUUGGACUCUUACCAACAGUGACACAAAAACACAUGAGCCCACGGCCAAUCAGGGCAAGGAGAUUCUGCAGGAAUUAGGACGGCUCUCUGGGAAAGUAUCUGUUCGAGUUGCGGUCGAUACACCAUCGGAAUCGAAACCUCUAGAUGACAUUUUGUUCCUCAUGAACUCGGGUGCUGAUGUGCGGAUGGUGAAUAUGCGAGAGCUGACUACAGGUGUCCUGCACACCAAAUUCUGGAUUGUGGAUAAAAAGCACAUCUACAUAGGCAGUGCCAAUAUGGACUGGAGAUCACUAACACAGGUAAAGGAGCUGGGUGCAGUUGUGUAUGACUGCGGCUGUCUCGCUGAAGACCUUGGGAAGAUUUUCGAAGCCUAUUGGUACCUGAAUCAGACCAAAACAGUUCCCGCCCACUGGCCCAGCAACUACUCCACCCUGUACAACAAGGAGACACCCAUGCAGAUGUUACUCAAUGGGACUGACUCCAGUGUCUAUCUAUCAAGCUCUCCUCCAUCAUUAUGUGCUGAGGGAAGAACUCCUGAUCUGCAGUCUAUCCUCAGUGUGAUCGGUGAUGCUCAACAGUUUGUAUACAUUGCCGUGAUGAACUAUCUUCCUACAAUGGAGUACUCCAAAUCUAAAAGGUACUGGACAGAUAUUGACACCCAACUGCGGCGUGUGGCUUACGAGCGUAAGAUUCGUGUGCGUCUGCUGAUCAGUUGCUGGGAAAGCAGCAAUCCAAUCAUGUUCCCUUUCCUUCGCUCACUCGCUUCCUUACGAGAAAACAACAAGCUGAAUGUUCAGGUGAAAAUUUUUACUGUCCCGUCCAACCCGCAACAGAAGGGAAUUCCAUAUGCCAGAGUCAACCAUAACAAGUACAUGGUCACAGACCGGGUUGCGUAUAUAGGUACCUCUAAUUGGUCAGGUGACUACUUUGUGAACACCGCUGGCUCUGCAUUAGUGGUAAACCAGACUUCAGCCCAGACACUAAGCCCUACAGUCCAGGAACAGCUACAAGCAGUAUUUGAGAGAGACUGGGACUCUUCAUACAGCAGAGAAAUCAACCCCAAUACCAAUCACAAAUAUGUUUGCUAGUUUAAGAUUCUUUUGGUAUUUGCCUUGCACUCUUGCCUUUGUGCUCCAGGGGGCGCUGUGGUGUGUAAAUCAUUACUGAAUACUUGUUCUGGGGGUCUAAAUGCACAGGUACACAGAACAGGGAUAUACUUCUUUCAUCGAUCACUAUUUGUAUCAUCUACUCAGAGGAAUUACGCUUCCAUUUAUACUUAAUGCCUGUUGAAUUUACAUACAUUUGCACAUGAUGAUUUGCACAUGAUUCUGAACUGACAUUUACAUUUAUGCAUUUGGCAGACGCUUUAUCCAAAGCGACUUACAUUGCAUUAUCCUAUAGAUUUUUUUUCUAAGAAUGUGCAAUCCCCUGGGAUCGAACCCACGACCUUGGCGUCAUUCAGAAUGUUAUCAUUGAUUUCAAAUAGUAUUGAUUGCAGUUUUCUUUUUUGUAUUUCAUGAUUUCUUUAUGCUGCCUUGCAUCGGUGAAAGGGAUAAGUUAGCCAAAAAUGAAAUUUCUAUCAUCAUUUACUCGUUUAUUUUUUCCAUUUUGUUGACCUCCUAUAAUAGAAGUUCUUAUAGGGACUGUCUGCCCUUGCAUUAUUGCAAGUAAAAAGAGACGGUGAAACUGAGAAGUGAUUGCGGCGUUUGGUCUCUAACAUUCUGUCUUCUGUGUUUUAAGGAAAAGCUCAUGGAGUUUUUCUCUACUUUAGGAUGUGUAAAUGAUAAUGGAAUUUUUAGGAGAGUUAUUUGUAGUCUCAGAACAGUUUUUGUUUGAAAUAUUAUUCAUGCCUGUGUUUACUCAUGAAAAUCACCAAGUAGGCUAGGUGACAUAUUAAAGCCAUUUUAUGUUACGUUACCACUAUUGCACAGCCAGUGGCAACAAUUACACACUGCUGUUUUAGCUGCACAUGAAUUUCGUCGCAAGGAUACUUUAUAACGUGUGAUAAGGAUGAGUAAUAAAUUCAUGAGGGAUCUGCCUGUUUUAACUUGUAUCUCAAAUCUCACAUGUUAUGCAUUAUAUUGUCCUGCUGUGGAACAUUUGUACAUUAAGGGAGUCUUUAAACAAAUAUUAAUUUUAGUUUGUGUUGUUUGAAUUGAUAAACUGAUGCACAUUUUGAAUAAACAAGGAUUACUAGAGCUUA